UGCCUAGUGGAAGAUCCCGCCACGAGAAGACAUCAGCCACGAAACUACGUUGACGUUCUAGAGCAACGCGUGGCCUACCUGGAAGGGGCUUUGAGGCAAUGCCGCCCUGAGCUGGCUCAUGAUCAUCUGGUAUCGCCCAACAACCCGCCUUUAGAACCUCCGUCUACAUCACCUUUCCCCAACCAGACCGGCAGCAAUGUGGCUGGCGAACAACCGAAUUCCGGCAGGGCCGAAGGGAUUGACGAUGCACCUGAAAAUUUGAACGACUUAGCCUCCAAGGUUGGCCUUUUAAGUCUGAAUGCUGCUGGGGCCGAGCCUCACUAUCUCGGCUCAUCCUCGACCUUUGCGUUUUCCCGUUUGAUCACCGCCUCGUUGCGCCAUGGAGUCUCAAACCCUUCAAGCGCGACACACAACUCUCGCAUAGACCAGCGGGCUGGUGGUGAUUUGGCCAUCCACCCAGGGGCAUACCAGUUACCUGACUUUGAAGCGGCACUUCAACUUAGCAAUGCUUAUUUCCAUAACAUCCACCCUCAGUACCCAUUCCUACAUGAGCCCACAUUCAGGGCAUGGGAGACGACUUCAUUCAGUCAUCCGACAGAGCUCGAGGCUCGUCCAUCUGACCCCACCCCUUUGUUUUUCCUUAAUAUGAUGUACGCCGAGCCCAUCCUGGCGCGCAAUAAUUACGAAGCUGUUCAGGCUAUUUUAUGUUGCGCCGUAUACUCGCUCCGAUCAUCGAUAGGGACCUCCCAUUGGAAACUUGCCGGUCUAGCCCUUCGCCAAUGCAUUGAUCUUGGCUACCACCGUAAAUUAUCAGGCCGCCAUAGCUCGAACAUUGAUCCGCUGCGGCUAGAGCUGCGCAAGAGGAUCUUUUGGUGUGCCUAUUCCAUGGACUCUCAGUCAUCCAUCAUGCUCGGCCGACCUCAAGGUAUACCUUACCAAGAAAUGGAUGCCGAGUUCCCAAUGGAUGUUGAGGACUCGAGUAUCACUUCAGAUGGGAUAUUCACCUUCUCACAUGAUAGCUCCCUAGGCGAUCUUCCAACAGUCAUGGCACGGGCGAUUCAUCACUUUCGCAUUCGAAAGCUCAUGAGCCGGAUUCAUAGUGCGCUAUACUCCGAUGUUACGAUUUGUGACCCGUCAGACGAAACCUAUCGAUUACAAGUGGCUAAGUUCCGUACUGAGGUCGACAACUGGCGAGCUUCCGCCCCAAUCGUGCCCUAUAAAGGCCAAGAGCUCUCGCUAUUUGCAACUCCGGCUUGGUUUGACCUGGAGUACAACUACGUUCUCUUACAGCUCUACCGAAGGCAGAUCACCCACGGCCAAACAGACCCCACAGAUCCUGCUAUCCUCACCUGCCUCCUACAAGCCGCACAGAGCAUGUGCCAGACUUAUCGCCGGCUAUACCUGCAGAGGUCAAUGACCUGCACGUGGGCGGCGCUCCAUGAGGUUUUCCUAGCCGGGCUGAUGUAUCUUCACUGUGUCUGGACAUUUCCCACGGCGCGCGAGGCACAUAUGCAAGGCCAGGUCCACAGCACUUGCGGAAAUUGUACUGUGGUUCUGGUCAUCAUGGCGGAGAGGUGGCAUGAAGCAGCAACUUACCGCGAUAUCUUCGAGACGCUGGCCAACCGGACAAUGGCAAUGGUUGAUCAAAAAACGUCAUUGUCACCGCCGCUGCUGGCUAAUGCUGCAGAACCUACCAAUUUAACUGGAGGAGACCUAGCAGAGCAUAUGGCACUAAUAGAUGAGAUGGAUAUACCGGAAGGAUUCGAUGAAUUGCUGAUGGGCCUAGUAGGCGAUUCACAUCAACAAUGGCUACUGGGCGAUCAUCAGAUG